AUGCCUAUAUGCAAUAACACAAUACGUGCUGCUUAUAUAUCAGCAACAAUAUCAAUUGGUUGUCUUAUCGCAGUGAUACUAGUAUUACCAAUUAUUUAUUAUCGCUUAGAGACUACUCAAACUAAAUUACAAGAAAGGAUCGCAGCUUUUAAGUAUACAUCUCGUGGUAUAUGGCAAGAUAUAAUUAUUGUACAAAGUAAUGGGCGAAUAAAAAGACAAGGAGGUUAUGGAAGCAGCGCAGUAUGGGGUGAUGAUCAACAAUGUAUGUCUUGUGUUAAACUGCAAUGUCCACCUGGACCACCAGGCCCACCAGGAUUGGAUGGUGAACCAGGAGUUGAUGGUGAAGUAGGCAGACCUGGAAAGCCUGGUCUUGAUGGUUUGGACAUCCCAUUAGAUCCAGAGCCCAGCGCUCCUUGUGUUAUUUGUCCUGCUGGUCCACCUGGUAAUCGUGGGCCUCAAGGCGAGAGUGGAAGACCUGGUGUACCUGGCGAGCCAGGGCAUCCUGGCUUGCCAGGAAGACCAGGAAAAGCAGGAAGAGUAGGAGAUCCUGGGCCUCAGGGUCCUCCUGGAGAGCCUGGUGAGCCAGGAAUAAAGGGACCUCCUGGUGAUGAUGCAAUUGGCGGUACUGGCAUAAAAGGGCCUCCAGGUCCACCGGGGCCUCGUGGGCCGAAAGGACCGCCUGGGCCCAAUGGUAUUCCUUCUACUACUUAUGGGCCACCAGGACCGAUAGGUGAAAUGGGUCCUCCAGGUCCACCAGGCAAACGAGGUGAACCAGGCCCACCUGGGCCGGUCGGCCCUCCUGGAGAAGCUGGAGAGCCUGGUGGCCAUUGCCCUUCUGCAUGUGGAGUGCAAGAGGUAAUAGCUCCUUCGGUGGUAGAGCUAGAUACAGAUGAACAACAGAUUGAGCCUGUGCAACAAAUGCAGCGUAUCCCAAGUUCUGGCUACCAUGUUCACUGA